AUGGCUUCUCAAGAAAUCUCUGCGGAGUUUCCUUUCACCAAACAACGGGUCUCCGUCCUUGACUCGAUAAUGGCAUAUGUAGACACGGGGGCUCCCACUCCCGCAGCGCCAACAAUUGUCUUGGUCCACGGCAAUCCGACAUCGUCCUACAUUUGGCGCAACAUCAUUCCGCAUCUGUCGCCGAUCUCGAGAUGCAUUGCUCCUGAUCUCGUGGGAUUUGGGGAUUCGGGCAAAAUGCCUUCCAACACUUACUAUAUCCGCGACCACGUCCGAUACUUUGACGCGUUCAUGGACAACAUGUUCCACGAGGGCGCCAACAAGGACAAGAAGGAAAAAGUUUUUCUGGUACUGCACGACUGGGGCAGUGCUCUGGGCCUGCACUGGGCGAGCCGGCACGAAGAGCAAGUCGCCGGGCUGGUAUUCAUGGAGUUCAUCCUGGAGGGGAUGACGCUGGACGACUUCGGCGGCGCACGGCAGAUCUUCCAGGACUUCCGCACCGAGGGGGUCGGCCGUCGGCUGAUCGUCGAGGACAAUGUUUUCAUCGAGCUCGUCCUGGCGAAGGUCGGCGUCCACAGAGGUUUGAGCGAGGCCGAACUCACGCACUACCGGGCCCCCUUCCUCGACCCGGCCACGCGCGAAUCCAUCUAUCGCUUCCCAAACGAGCUGCCCCUCGACGGGCACCCGGUGGACGUGGCUCAGCUCGUCCAGGCGUAUUUCACCUGGUUGACAGGCACCGAAGUGCCGAAGCUGAUGUUUUGGGCCGACCCCGGAGCGAUCGUAUCCGUGGACAAAGCCAAGGUGCUGGAGAGUCAGCUGAAGAACAUCGUGAGCGUGGGAAUUGGUCCGGGGAACCACUAUCUCCAAGAAGACAAUCCGCACCUGAUUGGGAGGGAGACGAAAGUGUUUGUGGAGAGAGUCUGGACAGGAUAG